CCGGCCUUUGCUGGCUUCAUCGCAUUUUACAAGACUCUGACUCCUUCGCGGGUCGGCUAUGGCCGGGGCCGAGCAGGGCUCUUGGAGUGAAAAUAUAUUGGAUUAUUUCCUGAAUACUAAGCAAAUUAAAACAAGAGAUGGAGCUGAAAUCCUGUGGUAUCAUGCAGCAAACAGUAAGUUGCAAAUGACAGAGGCAAUACAAAGUACAGCUCACAUGAUAGAGGCAGAUGUUUUUCUUCGUGGAGGAGAUGGCAAUGGUGAACCAAUCAUGGCUCACCCACCUGAAACCAACAGUGAUAUUACACUAAAGGAGUGGCUAAACGAGGUUACAAAUACUAGCAAGGGUAUCAAGCUUGAUUUUAAAAGUCUAGCAUCUGUGAAUCCGUCGAUGAAGCUUCUUGGAGAUAUAAAACUCAGGAAACCUGUUUGGAUUAAUGCAGACAUUCUUCCUGGACCAAGUGGAAGUAAUUGUGCAGUAGAUGCAAAGGGUUUUCUGGAAACCGUCACAUCACAUUUUCCAAAUGUAACCUUAUCACUGGGAUGGACAACUGGGUGGAGUAAUCUAAAAUGCAAUAUAGGGUACAGUUCAGUAAUGAUGCAAGAGAUGGCAGCUAUUUGUAGACACCUUACUCAGCCAAUAACAUUCCCUGUAAGAGCUGCGUUGGUGCGCCAGUCAGUAUCUGAACUUCAGUGGUUAUUACAACAAUCAAACAGAUACACCUUGACCAUUUGGACAGGAAAAUAUGAUGACUACUCUGUAGAAGAUCUACUCUUCAUCAGAAACUGUUUUGAUAAAACUAGAAUUUUUUAUGAUAUCUUAGAACCACAGAAAUCUGAACUCAGAAAGACCAUAGGACUGGAAAUACCACCAUAAGAAAACAGACUUUCCUAUUAGACAGUGGUUACUUGUGGCAUCAUAGUAUUGCCUACAGAAAAGGCACUAUUGAAGAUUUAACCAGAACAGUUAUUGCAAAGGCACAUGACUUCCUUUAAACAUAUAUCUGUCCCCCUUUUAGGUUUUCAUAUUAUUAAAAAUACCCCUCUUAGCUGCGGUUUGAAAUGCCUGCAGUUUGAAAUUCUUCAUAUAUACGGCAUCCUAAUUUUAAAAUGUUGCUGAUAGUGCCAUGGUACAUAUAGGUGCCCCAAUGUGCUAUUGUAUUUCAUAUUUAACUUGAAACAGUAUUUUCUCAGUGACUGUUUCUAUUCUCCCUUAACAUACUGAUAUUUACUGACUGACAUCUUAAUAAUUUGAUCCUAGAAUAGUUUCAUCAGGAGUCCAAAAACUCCAUCUUAAUAUUAAAAUAAAACAGACUUAUUCUGUGUAAGAUGUUUUGGACAUUAUUGUGCCCCUCAGAAAGGGGGACACAGCUGCAAUACUCAUACAGUACAGAAAAAACAGCAAGACAAGGCUAGAGCAAUUCUGCCGGAUUUUAGGACUCUUUUAUCAUAUGUAUGAGCUGACAAGUAGGCAGAUAGACAUCUGAUGAAACCAGUGCCUGAUUAUGUCACUGCAGACGGAAAGCUAUGGCAAACCUAAACAGCAUAAUAAAAAGUAAAGUCAUCACCCUACCAACAAA